AUGGCGUCCAUAUUUACCUACGACCCGGAUCCGCCUAGAGUGUCAUCGCCCUGGAUCUCUCCUGCUGACCCUGCGAAGCCGGCAGUGUCAGGCUCUCUCACAAAAGAAGAAGCAAAAGGCAAGCAUAAGUUGCUCUCAGACUACGGUGUCACUAAGCUCGAGGCCGAGCCCCAAGAAGGCCCUACCGAAUAUAAAUUGCAUUUGCUCUUACGUCCAAGAAGAGCCUUUACAUAUAUGUCAACACAUAUCACAGGCAGAAAAUCCAACACCGGUACGCCAUCAAUUGAUGCUUAUGGGAAAGCUAAUCCCGCAACGCUGGCGAUUGCUCCCCAGUCUCGGCAACAACGCCUACAACAUCUCACGACACAACUUCUCUGGAGAAUGCAGCAAUCCUCCCCGUAUCACGCGGCGAGAUCUAAGGAUCUGGUUGUUCCACAUCUUCCCGAUGAUAACACCGACCUCGGUGCUACAAUUCAACUCACCCCUUUAAUUGCUGGCCUGGAAGAGUCAGGGGGUGCUUUGUAUGAGAUCGGCGUAUCGGACGACGGCACACUAGUGGGACUCACAAAGGAUGAGAUGGACGAGAGCUUAACAACAUUGAGAAUCAUGGCUGCGAGUCUAGGCUGCAUAGUCGAGGUCAUGCGGAUGGUUAUCGUCGGAGAAUGUGAAUGGGUCGAGUCCGUCGACCUUAUCGACGAUGGAGACGCCGCCGUUCGCCAAGUUUCUAAGGAAGAUAAGCUUUGGGUCGCUGAAGCCAUGGUAAACCCAUGUUUCAAGCAGAAUCACGCUGCAAAACUGUCGGAUGAGCCACAAAGCUCAGUCUGUGAAACACGACAGCGACAAGAACCCAUCGCGAUUGCCAGCCGUGGCAGUUCUACAACGUCGCAGUUGAGGGUAACUCUCACUGGACCCACUACAUCUGGAAAAUCUAGCCUGCUCGGUACUCUCUCUACGGGGACUUUGGAUAAUGGUAGGGGUAAGAGUAGACUGAGCCUCCUGAAGCACCGUCACGAACUGGCCUCCGGCGUAACCAGUUCAGUUGCACAAGAACUUGUUGGGUACAAAGAACGUACCAUUCUGAACUUCUCACAACCAAAUAUCGAAUCGUGGAUAGAUAUUCAUGACCAAGCCCAAGAGGGCAGGCUCUUGUUUGUGUCAGACUCCGGUGGACAUCCUCGCUACCGUCGAACUGUCCUUCGAGGCCUAAUGAACUGGGCACCGCAUUGGAGCAUUCUCUGUAUCGCGGCGGAUGAUUCUGAACAGAGCUUCAGCGCGUAUGGUCCCGCCAGCCAGGAAGAUAACCGUGUGGAAGGACCAUGUCUUGACCUCGUCAAAGCACACCUGACGCUGUCUCUCAAGUUAGAUGUUCCAAUGGUCAUUGUCGUCACGAAGAUGGACUUGGCGUCCAAGACCGGACUCCAAAAGACACUCGUCAAAGUUCUAAGCGCAAUCAAAGACGCGGGAAGAACGCCAAAGAUAUUGAAACCUGAUCACAAGGAGCAAGUGGAACUGACGAAUAUCCCCUCAAAUGAAAAAUUGAAGGUCAACCCUAUCAUCGAAGAAAUGGAAAGCGUCAACAGCUUGACCAAGAUAGUGCCGAUUGUUCUCACGAGCGCAAUGACUGGCUCUGGCAUAGGCUUGCUUCAUGCUCUGUUGGAAAGCCUGCCAAUGCCACAUCUUCCCACAUCGCACGACUUUGUAGGCGCCGUGCUGAACCCGGAGCAACCAAAGUCACUUUUUCACAUUGACGACACGUAUAACUUGCCGAUUCCCCAGAUAGGUUUGGUCGCAGAUACCGGAACUGCGCAAACUGGUGUGAUUGUUUCGGGUCAUCUGAGGUUCGGUAGCUUGACGGUCGGAGAGAGUAUUGUGGUCGGUCCAUUCCAAUCUGAAGACGAAGAUGGGAAAGUUUCGGGCCCGGCGGAUCGUCCAUCGCCAAGCAGCUUUGGCUUGUCUAUAUCCCAUCCUGCGUCGGCAGAACUGGCAAAAAUUGCCAUGAUAAAUGCCGUCUCUGCUUCGGAAAUUGCUGGCGAAUGGCUUAAAGCUGAGGUCGUGAGUAUCCGAAAUCUGCGACUUCCAGUAAGGACUCUAGAGGCGGGUCAGGCGGGCUCCAUUGGGUUAAUACUAGAUAAAAAUAAACAGGGCUCGCUCAGAGACUUGCCGCGCAUUCGCAGGGGCAUGGUACUGGCCGUACCGUCCAAGCACAUGUUGGAUACUGGACUAUCUCUGCAGGCUGCAAGCGGUUUCACUGCUGCUUUCAACGAAGUCGAGUCGAGCACACUUGCAGUCGGUGCCCUGGUCAACGUUUAUGUUGCCAGUAUCCGCGCCGCCGCUCGCAUUUUGAAGGUUCAUUAUACCGCACUUGGUCAUGCUGGCCCAGAGUCCGGAAAUACUACGACGGAUGAACUCGGGUUGUUCAAUUUGAAUGACGAGAUGGAAGUACGAGGCCCGGACAACAGCAGCGCUGCUGAAGUGACAUUGGAAUUACUUCAUACCCGAGAGUGGAUUGAGAUGGGAUCGUGCGUUAUUCUACUAGAAGGCGGCACACGAGAUGGAUCUGGUCUAGAGGGGCAUGUUGGGAAGGUGAUUGAAAUCGUCGAUUAA